AUGCUCGCUACCGCUGCCGCUCCUAUGCCUCCUGCUCCACCUUCUCAGCCUGCUCCUCCUGCUCAGCCUGCUCCUCCUGCUCCACCUUCUCAGCCUACUCUCUCCUCUGUGCUCGUUCAAGCUCGGCCCCGCGACUCAAACAGGCGCGACAACAUUCUCCUCGACCUUUCUAGUAUCUCCGCCCUGUACCACCUCAAGCUCUCGCAGGCCGCGCAAGCCUUGGGCAUCUCCCUCACCUCGCUCAAGACUGCAUGCAGAAAGCUUGGAAUAGAGAGAUGGCCCUACCGGAGGAGGGAUGAAGAGACGGAGAGCGACGAAGACCAGCUCGCCCAUCAGCCUGUAGCAGGACGCAAACACGCGCAGGAGGAUCGUGUGGGUGAAGGGAGGGAGGAGGAAAUUCAGUUCAACAACGAUUGGAUCGCGUGGUACAUGUCAUUUCCUCUGGAAGAAGAAAGCAAUGGGAUGGAGGACGUGGAUUGGAGUGAUGACUCGAGCUCACAAUUUCAACGGUAA